AUGCCUUUUCGACAACGCAUGGCCCGCCACUUUGGCGAUUCUCUGUCCCCCGAAAAGGCCUACCUCAGCUACUACGAUGUCCUCCUCACCGUCGAAGACAUCAAAUCGCUUAAGAAUGAUUGGCUGACCGACAACAACAUUGCCUUUUGGGAAGAGUAUCUCGAGCACGAGACGCUCCCGCGAUUUCCCCAGGCCCGCAUCAUCCUGCUGCGACCCAGCAUGACGUUUCUGCUCAUGAAGGAACCCGACAUGCGCCAUGUCCAGGCGGCCCUGCCCGACUUUUCCAAGGUCACCCACGUCUUCCUGCCCAUCAACGACAACCGGAAUGUUGCCCAGGCCGAGGGUGGAAGCCACUGGUCGCUGCUGCUGGUCUCUGUUCUCGACGGCAUUGCCUUUCACUACGACUCUCUCGGCGGCGCCAACUAUGCAGAGGCAGCCCUUGCGACGCGGAAGCUCGGCACCAUUGUCGGACGACAGAUUCGAUUCAUCAACUUGGAGGACUCGCCUCAGCAGGAAAACGGCAGCGACUGCGGCGUAUUUGUCUGUCUUUUGAUGCGACACCUGCUUGUCAAGCGCCUGCUGGUGGCCAAUGCGCGAGAAAAGGUGUCGAUGAGCAUGGCUGGAAAAAUGGUCGAUAGCAACGGUGGCCGGAAAGAGAUGCUCAAGAUUAUCGAAAACUUGCGCAAAGAGGGAGAGCGUCGCAGAUCAGAUGCAAGGAGAACUGCUCGCUUCGGCUCUUGGGAAGAAUUCGAGAAGCGUUUGGCUGGGCAACACGGAGGCGACAAGACUAAGGAGUCUCCUGUUCUUCCUGAAGAUGCAAAGGUGGACAAGACUAAGGAGUCUCCUGUUCUUCCUGAAGAUGCAAAGGUGGAUAAGCCGAAGGCAGUUGAGCCAAGGGUGGCUAAGCGAAAGGCUGUUGAUGCGAAGCUGGAUGAUCCGGAGACUGGCUCCAGCAAGAAGAAGAGUCCGAAGACAAAGGACCUGGAGACUAAGGAUGUGAAGACCAAGGACUUGAAGGCAAAGGACGUGAAGACAAAGGAUUCGAAAACAAGCAAUCCAAAGACGACUGCCUCGAAAACAAGCACCCCGAAGACAGGUGCCUCCAAGACAGGCGCCCCAAAGGCAGCCAAGCAAACCGAAAGACCUACAGCGAAGGCAAAAUCAGCUGGCAAGGGCCAGUUGGCAUCGCCAUCUUCUUCCAAUCGCUCUACCACAUCCAGCCAGUCGCCAAAGAGUAGCUCUUCAGGAGUCUCCAAGUCUCCAAGAACCCCAACCAAAAGAUCUCCACAGAGUUCGCAGAGCUCGCAGAGCACUCCGACUCCUGUCCGCAUGCGCAGGAUUGUUCAGCCACCUCUCGAUCCUAAGAAACCCAACCUGCUCGAGAUGAAAUUUGGUCCUAUGAAGGUGUUGAAAAGGGCCAACUCCGACUCCAGCUCCAGCUCCAGCUCCAGCUCCAAGCCACCCGCUGUCACUUCCAACCCCUCCAAAGCCACGCCCAUCAAGGACCGUGGCCUCAAAGCAGCCUUGAGAUAG